ACAUAUGGUUACCUUGGCAGCAGCUAACGUGGCGAGCUUCGUGUCCGUGAAGCUCGGCCGUGACGUGAAUAACCGAUACAACUACGAGACAUGGAGCGAGCAGAUGCUGUGCCUUCUCCAAAGCCAGGACUUGAUGGAAUUCAUCGAUGACACACCUCCCCCACCAGAAAACCGCGAUGGCGCGUGGAGGCGGAACGAUUGGCUGAUCAAGGGAUGGAUUCUUGGAGCGCUCAGCGAUGAAGUUAUUAAAACUGUUGUUAAAUUGCGUUGCGCAAGGGCCAUGUGGUUGAAGCUCAAAUAUAACUUCUCUGAAACCCGACUGCCUCCGCCUUCACCUCCACCUCCCCCGCCUUUCGCCACCGUCUCUUAUAAAGGAAAAGAGUGGCGUGAGGACACGGCAUUGUAUAGAAGUGCACUAAGAGGUGAUUGGCAGACGGCUAAAAGAUUUGUGGAUCAAGACCCCAAUGCCAUCAAACUGAGACUGGGCUUCAGUUCAGAAACAGCCAUCCACGUCGCCGCCACUGUGAGGAAGCCGGAAUUUUUGUCGAAGCUGCUGGAUUUGAUCUCGGAUGACUCUGUAUUAGCCUUAAGAGAUAAGUUUGGAGAUAAUCCACUGCACACUGCUGCAGCGAUGGGGAACUACCAGGCCGCGGAGAUACUCGUCACCAGAUAUCCUAACUUGCUCUACCAUUCAAACAUUGAUAACAGAUUCCCCCAUCACUCAGCAGCUGAUUUUGGUCAUAGGGAAAUUCUUCAGUUGUUCAUUUCCAAAACCUACGAUAAUCUUCCCACGAAUCCAUUUGCUGGUGAUGGAGGAUGUGUGCUUCUAGAAUUGAUGAUUUGUGCUGACUUUUUCGAUAUAGCAUUGGAAUUGGUUAACAAGUAUCCUUACAUGGUCACGGUGAAUCCUAAGACUAUUUGUACAGUUUUGGUUAACAUAGCAGAGAAGGCCACAGUAUUCUGUAUCGACGAUCAACUCAGCUUUUGGAAACGUCUCAUAUACUGGUGUACUUUGAAGAUGGAUAUGAAGCCAAAAUCAUUUGACAUUGAGAAACAAACUAUUCUAGAGCUUCCAUGGUGGCACAAACUUGUUCUGAAAUUGCACCCUGGUGGAGUUAUCAAAUACUUGGCGUCUCGCUUUAAUAAGUAUCAUGAAAAGAUAAUGCUACGCGAGAAAGCACUCAAGCUUGUGAAAUGCUUAUGCAAACACAUGGAAUCGUUAGACUACGAUACUGCAUCACGUAUUUGCCAAGACACCAUUCUUGCCGCAGCUGAAACAGGAAAUCGCGAUGUUGUUGAAGAAAUUGUUGAGAUUUUUCCUCUUGCAAUUUAUUUUACGGAUUCUUCUUAUCAGAGUUUUAUCCACUUGGCCGUCAAGAACCGCUGUGAGAAAGUGUUCAAUCUCUUGUAUCAAAGCAGAACAUAUGACUACUCAAAUAAAAUCGAUAAUUCUGGUAACUCUAUCCUUCACUUGGCCGCAUGUUUGGCACCCACUCACAAGCUCAAUUUAGUAUCGGGCGCAGCUCUCCAAAUGCAGCGUGAAAUACAAUGGUUUCAGGAAGCUAGUAAGUUUCUUUCUCCUCAUAUCAAGGAACAAAAAAACAGUAGUGGGGAAACAGCUAAGAUGAUAUUUACAAAAGAACACAAAAGGCUAAAAAUAGAAGGAGAGAAAUGGAUGAAAGAUACGGCAAGCUCAUGUACUAUAGCAGCAACAUUGAUAGCCACCGUUGUGUUUGCUGCAGCGAUCACAGUUCCCGGUGGCAACAAACCAGACUCUGGUUAUCCCGUAUUCCACAAUUCAACUGCGUUUACAGUAUUUGCAGUUUCAGAUGCAGUUUCGCUCUUCACCUCCUCCACUUCGCUCUUGAUGUUCUUGUCCAUCCACACAUCGCGAUAUGCAGAAGAAGAUUUUUUAUACGCUUUGCCUAAGCGACUAUGCAUCGGCCUAUUCACCCUGUUUGUCUCCAUCCUAUUCAUGAUGAUUGCCUUUAGUUCGACGGUGUAUCUAGUGUUUGGGCGGAAGAAAGCGUGGGUAUUGUUUCCUAUGGGUGCACUAACUUGUUUGCCCAUUUCUUCAUUUGUGCUGCUGCAGUAUCCACUUCUUAGGGAUGUCAUUUCUUCCACAUAUGGCCGUGGCAUUUUCGGCAAGCAGAGUGAUCGUCCAUUUCCCUAACAUCACUUCUACCUAUCCUAAUUAUUUGUCUUAUUCGUUUUUAUUUUCAUGUCUGGACUCGACCACUUAAUUGAACAUCAUAUAUUAAUAUCUAUAUUGAUUCAUUUUGGCCC